CAAUAUGGUUUCGUUUAUUCUCAGUGACAGUUGUGAAAGAGGAAGAACUAUGGCAGCAGCGACAGAGCCGACGACGAUGUUCGAGUGGGAUUUGAUAAACGAUUUGGGUGCUUUGCCGGAGAAUGAAGCUAUCAUUAUAGAUUUUCUUCUGGAGCGGCUCAAACGCGGUCAAAUUUACACAUGGGUCGGUCCACUGCUUCUGACAUUGAAUCCCAACAACGAAGCGUCGACGUCGCGUUUGUACGACUUUUCAGAAUUCGACGAGCAAAUUAACACGCACGACGCUAUCAACGAAGCGAGUGCUCACAUAUUUACCGUGGCUGCCAAGGCACAUUACAGUCUUACCCGAGAACACGGCAGACAUUGUCAGGUAAUCAUUAUAAGCGGCGAGACCGAAACAGGAAAAACGUUCAACGCUUUCAAGUGUCUGGAAUUCCUCAGCAGAAUUAACAAAAAUUCGGCGCCAUCUUGCGAACGGGAUCACGCAUACGACAUUAUGGAAAGAAUUACGGACGCUUGUCGUCUGAUAUCCGCUUUUACGACCGCGUGCACCGAAAGAAACGACGUAAGUUCGAGGCACGUGCAACUCGUACGGCUUCAUUACAAAGCUGGCAAUAUUUAUGGCGCCACCAUUAAUUCCUUCCUGUUGGAGAGGAGCAGAGUGACGAGAGGUUCGAGUAAUUUUCAAAUAUUUUAUCAGAUGAUAUUCGGAAUGUCAAACGCGGAACUCGACACGUUCAACUUAUCCGAGUAUGAAAAUUAUGAUAUACUAAGCGCUAUCGAUUACAGCAAGAGGAAAUAUUACCAAGAGUGUUUUCAAGAUACUUUAAAGGCACUGGAAGUGUUGGGGUUCAAAGAGGAGAAGAAGGAGCACCUUUUUCAAGUUCUUGCUUUGUUGCUUCAUAUGGGAAAUAUUCGGUUUGCAGAGAAUGGCGAAGCUUGUACGAUCGAUCUUACCAACGAAGAGUCCAAGAAAGCUUUAGAAAACACGUGCGAUCUUAUGUCCUUAACCAAGGAAGUAGCGAUCGAGUUAUUCACCACCAUUCUCAUAAAUCCAAAAAGUGUUUGGCGAAAGCACACCGUGUAUCAUCGCUAUCUUACCACUGUCGAUGCGUGUCGCAUGAGGUUACACAGUAUAAUUAGACACUUGUACGAUCUUCUGUUCCAUUGGGUCCUAAAUUGCGUGAACGAUGCUUUGUCCACGAAACACGAAUACUUAGAAUGGCUUGGGAUAUUGGACGUAUUUGGUUUUGAAUCGUUCAACCAGAACGGUAUAGAACAACUUUGCGUCAAUUAUGCUAACGAGAGAAUGCAACAGUACUUUAUAAAAACAUAUUUAGAAAAUAGUCGGAAAGAUUUAGAAAACGAAGGUUUCAUAGAAAUUAGUAGACCGAUACAUACUAUCAGAUUGUACAAGGAACGUUUAACUGUCCUCGAAGAAGGUUUAUUCAUGACCCUCAACGACGCUUGUCAAUCACCGAUACCAAUUAACACGCCUACAGUAACGCAGCUAGUAUGCCAGAAAUCAAGGAAUAAAUUUUUAAGGGAAGAAGAGGGGCAUUUCAUCAUAGAACAUUAUUCUGGCUCCGUCGCAUAUUCCAUCAGAGAUUUAUUAGUUAAAAAUACUGAUAAGGUUCCAAGCGAGAUAUCUGUGAUUUUCCAAGAAAGUAAGAACACGUUCCUUGCCUCUUUAAUCGACAUCGAGGAAGAUAAACAUUCACAGAUUAUUAAAACGUCUACCAAGAAAAAGACUAUGUUAGCUAAAUUGAAGUAUAAUAUAGAUACUCUUAUCAAAGAUCUGAGUAAAUGUGAUUCGCACUAUGUGCGAUGCGUCAAACCUAGUCGAUUGAGCAACCACGAAUGGGACAAGAAAGACUUUAGAAAGCAACUGGCUUGCAUCGGUAUUUUUGAUGCUUUGCCUCUUGCCAAAUGUAAAUAUCCUAUUCGAUUGCAGUAUAAAGAGUUUUGUCAACGUUACUCCAAGAGACCUACAGAAAUUACCGAUAUCAAUAAGUGCCAAUCGAUUCUGGAGUCAGUUAUACGUAAAAAGGACCUACACGCAUCGGUUCAUUACGGAAAACAGUUGAUCUUUUUAACGGAGCCCGUCUUCUCGAAACUAGAACUUUACAGGAGAAAUUAUCGUACAAAAUGUGCUAAUAAGAUAAAAAUAUUUUGGAGAAGGUACAGUAAAGUACAAAGCAGACACACGGCGCACUUGGAGAUCAUGCUCGGGCGUAAAUUUGAAAAAUCAUGCAACAACGGAGAGAGUGAUGACGUUUUUAUAAUCGAUUCGAUUCCAUUGAAAAACAAUAGUUCAACUGACGCAGUUUGCGUGAUCGAAAACGAAAAUAACGAUCGAUUCGAAGACGUGCACGUCGGGAAUUGUUUGAACAACGAUGUUACGAAAUCUAUAGAACAGAUCGAUCCAGAUAAUUUCUCAAAAGAUUCUAUAGGCUACUGUAAGCGUAAGGACAAUGUAAACGUUGAUUGUGCCGAUGACAACAACAAUUCCUUAAUGCAGCAUUCCGGAGAUACAGCGUCGAACAAGUUUUCGAUAAACAUAAGACUUGCGGUGAACAGUGACGAACAAUCACGUUCUAUUUAUAAUACGGAGAAGAAUGUAUGCAUCGUUCGAUUGAAUUCUCGUGUAUUCUUUUAUAAAAAUGGAAUUUUGAGCUGUCGUCGACUUCCUACGGCGCCAAUCAGGAUACACACACGUGCUACGUGUUUGAGUAAUUCGCACAUACUACCACGUUCCGAGUUACCGCAAGGACUGCAGGACAGUCUUUGAAACGCAAAUCACUUAGAUCGACGAGGUCAGUUAUUAC